GAGAGCGCAAAUGAGCUCGAGGCCAAACGAGCCAAAAGCAGACAGGCCGUGUCUGACCUCUGGUACAAAAAGGAGAAGACUGACUCUUGGCGACUUCCCAAAGAGGCAGAGGCGUUCCUGUCGCGGCUAGAUGACCGCUUGGAUGAGAUAGAAGCUCUGGCGCCGGAGCUAGAAGCGAUGAAAAGUGCCACCUCCAGGUCCAUGUCGCCUGGGCCUAGCCUGAGUACUGACUGUGACAUGCUGGGCGCCUGCAGCAGGACGUCCGGCCAGGCGCCCACGGGGCCGAUUUGGCUCGAGCCGUUUGCGCCGGCUGGGGAAAGAGUGAUGUCGAGCCCCGUCGCCUCGCAAUUCUGGGAACUGCAUCGACGCCUUGGGGAAUGCUACCAGGUGGACUUGCAGACUGCUUCCAACGCUUGGCGUAUGAAGCGGCUCGACUCCGAGAACCACAUGGAACCAGGAUUCGUCGGACCAGUGGCUCCGGAGCCUCCGCCAUUUGCACCCUCCCUGAUGCUUCCAAACUCGAGCUUCGCACGGGUGAGGAGCAAUGAUGAAGAUCUCCGGUCAGGUACCAAGGAAUGCUUGAUGAGCAGACAAAGCAGCAUUCUGAGCCAAGACAAGAAUGCUGCAGACAAAAACUCUGCCAGAGUGUCGGCAAAAAUCACCCGCUUUGUGGACAAAGCGUUUUGCGAGAGCGAUGUGGGCAUCUGCUCCAAAGAUGCAAGCAAGUCAGAUGAAGAAGAACGCGAUGCCGCGGAUUUUGCUCCCAGGGCGUGCUGGGAUUUGGAGAAUAUCACGCCGGCGUUUACAAGGAGAAAGACUGGACCUAUGCCUGCCAGGUCUGCCACGUCGUUGUGUUCUUUGGGCUCGAAUGAGAGCUUGCGAAUAGUGACGGAGAUCCACCUGCAGAAGUCCAGAGAAUGCUCUGCAAUACACCCACACGCCACGUUCAAGAUCUGCUGGGACAUGUUGGGCAUGAUGUUCCUACUGCGCGAUCUGAUUUUCAUCCCUCUGCAGCUGUUUGACCGCCCUGCCAUCAUCGACUCCACCGACAUGAUGUCUCUGCUCUUCUGGACCGCGGACAUCGUCUUGUCCUUCUUCACAGGGUAUUAUGAGAAGGGCAGACUGGAGCUUCAUCUGAAGAAGGCGGUCUGCAACUAUCUCCGGACUUGGUGUGUCUUGGACAUCGGGGUGGUGGCCACCGACUGGUGGCUGCAAAUUCAGCCCACCACUGGCGCAGAUGGCCUUGCGCGGGUCACCAAGUCCAUCCGCUCCGCGCGGUUCCUGCGGAUGUUCAGACUGAUCCGCUUGAGCAAAAUGAGCAAGGUUUCACAUCUGCUCCGUGAGCAGAUCAGCACUGAAGCCGGCAUGAUCUACUUCGGCAUCAUUCUGGUGAUCCUGCGUAUGAGCCUAUUGCAGCAUAUCAUUGCGUGCGGCUGGUUCGGCGUGGGCGUGUGGGCGCAGGAGGAGGAGAAUGCAAGCUGGAUCAAAGAACAGUCCAUCAAGGACAGGACCUUCCUCUACCAGUACACCACCUGCCUACACUGGGCCUUUGCUCAAUUGGGUAUGGGCUCUGUGGAGAUCGAGGCCACCACCACCGUGGAAAGGCUCUUUUGCAUCUGCGUGGCCUUCACUGGUUUGAUAAGCUUCUCCACCCUGGUCAGCACAGUCACUUCUCUUAUGAGCAACUUGCAGAAAGCGCAGGAUCAGGAGCAGCAGCUGUUCCGAGACCUGCGGCGCUUCCUGAACCAGAACGACAUCCCCCUGGACUUGAGCCAGCGGGUGCAGCGUUUUCUGCAGCACGCCUACCGGGCCCGCACUUCUCGCACUGCCGACUCCGAGGUGGCUAUUUUCGCCUUGCUGUCCAAGUCCUUAAAUGCCGAGCUUCAGUUCACGCGAUACAAGACGUGUCUGCAUUCCCUGGCCCUGCUCAUGAAACUCCUGGCAAGCGACGAGACGCAUUAUCAAGCCGAGACCGUGGCGCAGAAACUGGCGGUGAAAGCCUUGAUUACCGUGCAAGUCGCACAGAAUGACCUGAUCUUCAACCACGGUACGGUUGCCCAGAGUUGUUACUUCACAGUCGAAGAUGGUCAUCAGUACGUCCAAGGAUCGAAAAAGCAGCCGGUGGCCGGGGAGGAGCUGGUGGCGGAGGUAAGCCUCUGGGUACCGUGGGCUUAUGUGGGCGACCUCAUCUCCAAAGGCAUGAGCCGACUGGUAGUCAUCGAUGCGGAGGCCUUCUGUAGCUGUGUUGCUGAGAUGCAGGAGGUCCACGAGCAGGCCAUCUACUUAGCCCAGAACAUUUCCACUGCGCUGAACGGCACGGACGUCCUAAGUGAUCUUUGGCACUACCACGUGGAGGACACUAGCCAGGAUGCGAGUCUUGAGGAUUUUCCAGCCGGACCUCAAGAGCUUGCUCUUGGAAUGCUCCAUUCCUGGCGCCGCUUCACGCAGUGGGCCUGGCUUGGCUCGAAAAAGCCACGCCGUCCCACACAGGCAGAUGUUGUACCAGACUUGAGCUGAGCUCAGUUCGUUUGUCGGAAAGGUCAUGCACCUUGCCUUCUUUUGUAUUUUUCUUUUGUAUUUUGCGUAUUUUGCAUAAGCUAAGCACAAUGCGUUCAGUUUCACGCUCGCGGGCACAGGUUCCCGUUGAGUUUAUUUCGGGCCAGCGGCCUCGAUCGCCGAGUUUGCGGCCCUCUGGCGCCUACGUUUCGGCCUCUGGCGCCAAGCGCUGCAAUUCGGCCUCUCCAAGAGAGGUGCCUCAAGACUCAGCUCUCGUUCGCUUUCAAAAUGGGAAAUUUGCACUGGCAAUCAGAGAGUUGAAGGUCGAGUUUGGCGACGUUGCAAAUCCAUUGAUUUCGUGGUGGGAGAUCCUGCAUAGGAGCGGCGAAGGAUGUCUUUUUAGAAGAAAGGACCACGUCAUAUGACGGGGUUUGGGGUGAGCCAAUUGGCAUUUCCCCCAUCUCCCAAGCAAUCAAGAAAAU